ACCACUUUUUUUAUUUAUUUAAAUUAAUGGAUUACUUUACCAUAUAAAUGGUUUAAUUAUUGUUAUCUAAAUGAUUCGGUUAUAAAUACCAUGCAUUUCCAACUGUCCAUCAUCUUCUCCAACCAACAACACAUUCCAAUCAAAAUCAUAACACAACAAUCAAUCUGACAAAUAUGGAGGCUACACUGCUUUCUUCGCUAGCUUCGUUUUCACCACUCCGUUUCCACCCAUUGGUGUUAUCAUCAUCACGGAGAACCAAUAAGAUGAUGAGCGUCUCUGCUGGGGCGUCUUCAGGAAAAGACCAUUACUACUACGGAGGAGGGAGGUUGGUGGACGAGAACAUGAUCGUCCUUAGGAAACGCAUACACGAGACGAAGAUGGUUGAGCGUAACUACGAGCCUCCUUCUCACUGGAUGGAUUGGGAGAAGCGUUUCUACAGCAGCUACGACUCUGUUAUCUGCGAUUCCGUUGGUCUCCUUCAGAGCUUCCUCAUGAACUCCCGCCCCACCGUAGCCAUCGCAACGCUGCUCAUCCUCCUCGUCAGCGUUCCCGUUUCCUCCACCGCCAUCGCGUUUCGCCUUCUUGACCUCCUUCAGUGGCUUCUCGCCGCCGCUACAUCUGCCAGCGUGGCCUGAUAUUUGAUUAUGUUAAAUAUUACUUGCUUAAUUAGUAAACCAACCCAUAUUCUUUGAUUAUUUAUCUGAUGUUUUUCUCUACAUUAGCUUAAGCCUUAAGAUAUGUGUACAGAGCUCGUUUAUUUAUUCUUUCAUGUGAUUUUGUAAUUUUCUUGAUAUGUAACUAUAUGUCAUUUAAUGAAUGCGAUCGUAAUAAAAUAUUUGUUGACGAA